AUGGAUGAGGAGCCCACCAUAGAAUGGUUCGGCGCAACAACCUUCCGCCUCAACACCCCCUCUUUAACAAUCUUCCUGGACACCUGGCUCGACCGGCCCUCCUCUUUGCCCCAGUACCUCCCUAUCUCAUCUAUAACCAAAUGCGACUACAUCCUAAUCUCGCACGCGCACUUCGACCACCUUCCGGGCGCCGACCGGAUCGCCCUGUCCACCGGCGCGACCAUCAUCGGCAACGGCGAGGCUAUAUCGGUAAUGCGCGCCGCCGGCGUGCCGGAGUCGCAGCUGCUGGCCGUUUCCGGCGGCGAGACUAUUCCCCUGGGUGCGGGCGAUGUCGUCGUCAAGUCAUGGCCGAGCACGCACUGCAUCAUGCCGCCGGGCGACCACCGCGAGCUGCCCGAGGAGCUAGAUACGGGGACGGUGUACCUGGGAAGGGAGGGGGGGACGCUGGACGUGACGCGGGGCAUGGCCGCGGGGUUCGGCGGCAUGAUCGCUGCGCCCGAUGAGCGGUUUAAGGGCGCGCCGGAGGGGGUGAGGAGUUUUAGGGAGUGGAUUAAGGAUCGGGAGAGGAAUAGGUACUCGUUCUUUGACGGUGGGCAGAUUAUGUACUCGCUCGAGUUUAUGGGCAGGAGGGGUGGGAGUGGGGGUGGGGGAGGGCGGGGCAACAGAAGUCUGCUGUGGAGCGCGCACAUGGGCGGCUAUGAAGGUGUGCUCCGGGGGCUUCCCAGGAGGCCGGACGUGGCGAUCCUUGCGGCCGCGGGCAGGGCGGUGCUGGAUGGUGAGCCGUGGCAGGGAAGUGCCGCGGAGUUUCUCGCCGCGCAGUGUAGGUGGCUUAAGGAGCCCGAGCGCGUCUUCUGGUGUUUACAUGAUGAGCAGCCGUUGAAGCCGUAUAGGAUCAGGACGGAGGCGGCGACGAAGAUGGUGGAGGAGAGGACUAGGAGUAAAGUCUGGACGCUGACGCCGGCGGUUAGGUAUCGGCUUUUUGUGGAUGAGGUGGUAGUGGGCUUGGAGUAG